CUGAACUUUCACACUCAUUCAGUCAUUGCCUUUCACAACAAAAGCACUAGUUUUGGUAGAGAACAAAAAUAUAUAAGAUUUUUACUUGUGAAUAAAUAUUUUUUUUCUUUUUGACCAUCGAAAGUGUCUGGCAAGAAUGUUUCCCGUGAAGCAAAGGUCCUUCGUAAUGGUUGGAGUGCGAUCCUUCCGUUUGGGCUUCAAUUACAAGCUGAUGAAUCGCACCAAGGGCUGUGACAAGACCUCGGCUACUGUGCUCACUAGUCAUCUGUCCGGGGAUCGAAAGACGGAGCUGCUGCCCGAGGAGCCGCGCAAACCGGAGGAUCUGCUGCAGCAUUUGGGCCCCCAGCGCAAUGAACUCGAACAGCGAAAGAUCCGGAAGGCCCAGUACGAGUCGCAUUUGAAGGAGCUGCUCCACCAAAGACCCUCCGACUCGGAGUUGGCCAUCCAGUGCGUGCCCUUCGUCAAGACCACAACUGGCCCGGAAAAUCCCCUGAAGCGGCGUUACGAUAGUCCCGAAUCGCUGCUCGAACAGGUCAGUGAUCCCAAGGAAUUGGCCAAGGAGAUCAUCAAAUUGGCCCGCGAGUUGCACACCGAACGGCAGAAGAACGAGAUUGUUAUGCAAAAUUUCCUAGAUCUGGAGGAAACUUUGUUUCUCAAGAAUUCGGCUUCGAACUCGGCACCCAAGAAAACAAACAAUAAUCCCGAUGAUGGCAAGAAAACCAAGUGAAAGCUGCAGUUUCGGAAUAAUUUGCGUGUUUUCUUCAUUUCAUUUAAAAUUUUUUGUACAUUUUGGCCACCCUGAUAAUGUUUCUAUAAUAUAAUUCAUAUUUCGGUAACAAAA